AUGGCGAAUCAGAAUGGCAUGGUUGGUCAGAAUGCCGCCGGAUACAAUGCCUUGUCUGGGCAGGGUGCGAUCCCAGCCGGGCACUUCAGCGACAUGCAGCAUCUCGAUAGGAAUAUGGACGCAUUGAGCAUUGCGGUUCAAGAAAACAGAGCCGAGUGGCAGCUUAUAGAGGAGCUAUUGCUGCGGGCUUCAAGGAUACAAGGUAGAGUUCCUCGAGAUGAUUCACCACAUUUGACCAAUGGCGUCCACCCAGAUCCACCCGAUGUUCCAAACGUGGACCACCUGCAGCCUACGGUAGAACAACUCCAGACCGAACUGGCCGCCGUCACUGCCCGCGCCGAAGUCGAGAAGGCCGAACGCGACCACAUCAUCGAGGAAUAUAUGAACGCCUUCAACUCCAUCACUCCCGCCAUCCACGAAUACCGCUACGGCUAUCGUACAUUCAUGCAUAACACCCUCGCUCACUACAACAAGCUCCUCGAACAGGCGCGCGAGGAGACGCUCAACGCCCGCCUCGAGAACCAAGCCUGGCAAGCCGGCCUCAAGCGUCUCAGCGAGGGUCUUCGCGCUGCGAGCCAGGCACGCGACGAGGAGGGCAUGCCGUGGAAACGCCGCAUCGCGGCCCUGAAGGAGGAGAACCGGAUACUCCGCGCAAGAGUUGGAUGGGAUCCGCCCGUCGACAGCGACGACGAGGACGAUGAGGCUGCUGGUGCGGGCGAUCGUGUACCGGCGGGGGCGGCGGCGGCGAGAAUGCCGGAGACGAGAGGCCGGUCGACACAGGCGACGCAGCUGCCUGUGAGUGCGUCGGAACUUCAGCUGUGA